AUGGAGUCGAGGAGGCCGGCGCCCUCUCCUCUCGUCGACAACUACGUGGUACCCGGUGACGUCGUCCUGGACCUCUCCGAGAUGAACAACCAGACCAUUAAGCUCGGCGCGGGCCUGCGUCAGGAGUGUGACACCAUCCAGGCGACCAGUGCUGGGAAGCUGCGGCUGUUGAAACCCAACAAGUAUUGGAUUGAGAACUCCCAGAAGAGGUAUAUACCUUCUGUAGAAGAUACAGUUCUUGGUGUUGUGGUUGACACCAAACCAGGACACAUAAAGGGUCCUAAUUUGGCCUUUCUACCGGUGCUUGCAUUUGAAGGUGGUACAAGGAGAAACAUACCAAAGUUCGAGAUUGGUACGUUAAUAUAUGCUCGAGUGGUGAAAGCAAAUAGUAUCAUGAAUCCCGAGCUCUCAUGCAUGGAUGCUUCUGGGAAAGCUGCUGAAUUUGGUCAGCUGAAAGAUGGUUAUAUGUUUGACACAUCAACUGGCAUGUCACGAAUGUUGUUAAGUUCGCCAACAUGUCCAGUUCUGGAGGCCCUUGGGAAAAAACUGUCGUUUGAGAUAGCUGUUGGACUCAAUGGUCGAGUCUGGGUGAAUGCUCCUGCGGCAAGUACUGUCAUUCUUGUAUCAAAUGCAAUUAUGAGGUCAGAAUCUUUGAGUGGCAUAAAACAAAGAGCUAUGGCAAUGUGCGCUUAUGCCAUCAGUGUAUUUGGAAGAAUUGCUUGGUUAGAUGCCACAGCCGAUUCUGCGAACAGGAAAAAUGUCAGAAGUCCACUUUUGGUGAUCACAGCUGUUGACUUUAGGCUGAAAUUUUGGUGUCCUGCUUCAGCCAUGGGUAGCAGGAGAUACGGCCUCGAUACGAGGAGAUGUGGGAUUCACUCAGCACCAAGUAAAUCAAUGUAUCUGGAUGCUCAACAAGUUGUCAGCUGCCAAGCCACAGUGAGAGACCACGAUGUUGGUUCCUGCGCUGUGAAGCAUCACUUCCCGUCUCCAAUUGUAUCUUGGAUAGAAGAUCUUUCGAGCUUUGGCAAUGCUUCUUUUAGCUCUGACUCUGAAUAUGUGGAUGAGCAAGCCAGAGCUUCAGUGGGACAGUCUUCAACAUCAAGUAAUUUGCAUGAUAUGCAAAUAUCAGUGAGAUUGACAGACGAAUUCAUGGAGCUUGCAAAGGAGAAUACAAGCAAAAAUCUAGAGACUUGUGGAAUUCUUGGUGCUUCAUUUAGGGAUGGAACUUACUUUGUGACAAUGUUGAUUAUACCGAAGCAAGAAGGAACUGCUCACUCAUGCCAGGCUGUUAGUGAGGAGGAGAUACAUGCCGUGUUAUCAGAGCAGUCGCUUUACCCUGCAGGAUGGAUUCAUACUCAUCCUUCACAAACAUGCUUUCUAUCAUCGAUCGAUUUGCAUACUCAGUACUCUUACCAGGUUAUGCUACCAGAGGCUGUUGCAAUUGUGGUCGCACCCACAGAUCCAACCAGGAGUUAUGGGAUAUUCAGGCUGACUGAUCCUGGAGGGAUGGAUGUGCUUAGGGAGUGUGAUGAAAGCGGGUUCCACACUCACCGAGAGACAACCAACGGCAGUCCAAUCUAUGAAACCUGCUCGAAAGUGCACUUCAACCCCAAUUUGCGAUUUGAGAUUGUUGACCUGCGCUCCGUUCAAUGA